GACAAUAUUCUUGUUAUAAAUCAAGAAUUUUUGGCUGAUUCACCCGGUUCAAUAUCUUUAUCUAGAGGAGAUCUAGUGGAAGUUUUAAAAACAGCUGAAGGCGAUACGUUUUCGAGGGACAAAUUACGUGACUUUAAACCUAAGCUUGACUCGAGGUGGUAUGUGAGAUUGUUUGGGUCGACUGAAAAUUGCAAAGAGGGAUGGAUUCCAACAAAUAUAUUGGACUUUUCCAGUGAUUCCGUAUCAGUAUUCGGGAAUAAAGGAGAAGACGCAGCUUUUCGAAGAGUAGCAACUGUAAGAGAAUUAAUUGAAACGGAAGAAGAAUUUGGUAGAGACCUACAAAAAAUUGUGGAUCGUUAUAUAAAAGCCGUUGAUAACACUACUGCUCCACGAAUCGUACGCGACAGCAAAGAUAUUAUAUUUUCAAAUUUUGAACAAAUUGCUGAAUUUCAUAAUAUGGUUUUGAUUGAAGGACUUAAAUAUUACUCAGAGCAACCUAAUAUGAUAGCUAAAACAUUUCUUAGACUUGAACGAGAUUUCGACAAACACAUCAAAUAUUGUGCAGCCGAGCCCUUAGCACAGGCUUUUCUUAUGGAAAACAAAGACGCCAAUGAAUAUUUUCAGCAAAUAUCUAAGAGGAUUGGGGACGAUAAAAAUAUUUGCGAACAUUUGAAAUUACCAAUUCAGAGAAUAAAUGACUAUCAGUUUUUAUUAAAGGAAUUAAUAAAAUACUCUUAUAAUGUGUCAGAAAAUACUAAAGAUUUACAAAAAGCCUUGGAACUUAUGCUUAGCGUUCCAAAUAGAGCAUUUCAUAACAAACUUUUAUCUAGCAUAGAGGGAUAUAGAGGUAAUAUAUAUAAAAUUGGACGUUUACUAAAGCACGACUGGUGGACUAUAAAAGAUUCUGCUCAAAAGUUACACGAUCGAUAUUUAUUUUUAUUUAAAUCCAGGAUUUUAAUAACUAAUAUAAGAAAAAUAAAUAACGAACGGUCAAUUUUUGUUUUACAAAACAUUAUUAAGCUACCAGAUUGUAAUAUUGAUAAUAAUGUCGUCGAAAAUGCGUUGUAUAUAACAGGAAAGCCAGAAAAACAAAAUUCAUGUUUGCCAAUCACACUAAAAUCUCAUAGGACAGAUAUUAGAGAACAAUGGUUCCAAGAAAUAGUUUCGUACAUAGAUGAUGAUUCAGCAUUGCAGGAACAUCUUGCUGAUGAUGUACGUAUGGACUCAACACAAGUACUGCAUGCAAAUGAGUUACUUCUUCAUUUACCACAGAAGGCUGAAGCACAUAACCCCAAUUCAGGAAUAAGAGCCUCAGAUGUGGCCCAAGAUUACUACUUAAGUGAAAAAGAAAAAGCAAAAUACUUUGAAGAACGUGCACAUUUUUUUCCGAGCAGAAGUAUAUUGAAUUUGGAAAGAAAAUUUGAAGAGAAUCAACAGCCACUUACUAAAACAGAUGAAUUUUAUAAGGAAGAAAAGAUAGCAUUCACAGAUAAAGCAGCAGAACAUGUUUUAUUAUCGACAAAGAUAGAUGAUUCCAUAAAUAAUUCAAAUGAUCUAGUGAUAAUUGAAUCAAAUUUUAAUGAAAGCCAACAAUGUAGGGCCGCAACAACUGAACGUAUAGAAUUUAUUAAUACAAAUAAGGAUUUGGAUAUUAAAACGUUAUAUGACGAAUCUGUUGUGAGUGCGACGACUCGUGAGUAUGACAGAGGGUCUUCAUAUGAAAAUAACGGUGACAGUUUGAGAAGUACAGCAAGCUCAAGAGUAGAGAGAAGGAGACAAGACGAUCAUAGAUCUAUAUUUUCCUCAAGUCGUGCCGAAAGCAGAAAUGAAGAAUACUACGGGUCAAGAUUCGAUACUCGAUCAUCAUCACGCAUGAUGGAAGAAAACAAUUUAAAAUCUUUAGAAAGACCCGUAAUCGUUCGACCAACAAAAAGUUGUCAGGUUAAACCUGGAGAAACUGCGCAUUUCGAGGUACAAUUUGUUGAAAAACCUGGAUUAGUGAUUUGGUUGAAGGAUAAUAAGCCAUUGGAAGAUAAACUUGCUGACCGAGUUGUACAAACAGAAGCACCGAUGAAUUCAUAUAGACUGGAUAUCAAAAAUUGCAGUGAGUUUGACGCUGGUAUUUACACCGCCAAAGCAAUAUGUGGAACCGAAAAUGUAUCAUGUUCCGCCCAACUAGCAGUAGGACAAGGUGCAGAACAUGACGAAACCAAAACAAACAUUGCGCCAGUUUUUCUUGUGCAAUUGAAGGAUGUUGAAAUGUUAGAACAUACACUGUUCCGUUUUUUGAUUAAAGUGAUGGGUGACCCAAAACCCAGAGUAAAAUUUUUUAAAGAUGGAGAGGAAAUAUCAGAAGCAGACAACCGUAUACAAAUAAAUAGAGAAAAGGAUUACUUAGGAUAUUAUGAACUGGUUAUACAUGAAGUUCAAAAACUGGAUGCGGGAAUUUACACUUGUAAAGCUGUAAAUAAAUACGGAGAAGUUCAAUGUGAAGCAUCAGCAACAACUGUAGAGGAUAGAAAUCCUUUUGGAUCUUUAAGUGGACAAAUUCUUCCAGCCGGAGAAAAGGCGACAUUCGCAUGGAAGAGAAAUGGAGUUGAAUUUGACCCAGAAGAAAGAUUUAAGGUUUUGUUCGGCGAAGACGAAGAUUCCCUUGCUCUAGUGUUUCAACAUGUUAAGCCAGAGGAUGCAGGAAUUUAUACCUGUGUAGCUCAAACUACGACAGGCAACAUAUCAUGUAGUGCGGAACUAACAGUUCAAGGUGCCAUACAAACACUACACCGAGAACCUGAAGAGCCAGUUUUGGUUAUAGAGCAUCGGGAGGCUAAUACAACAAUAGGAGGUACAGCAAUUCUAGAAUUACAGUGCAAAGGAUUUCCGAAACCAGGAAUUCAAUGGAAGCAUGAUGGAGAAAUUAUUGAAGUAGGCGAAAAACACAAGAUUUUAUAUGCGGAUGAAGAAAGCAUGUCCUUAGUGAUUAAAAAUAUUACUACAGAAGACGCAGGGGAAUAUACCGUUCAUGCACAGAACGAACUGGGCGAAGAUGAGUCAUCUAUAAGCCUUGUUGUAAAAGCGGGACCUAAAAUCAAAAAGGUGAAAGACUUAUCCUGUUUUGUUGGUGAAACCGUUAAAGUAGAGAUAGAAAUUGAAGGAUUUCCCAAACCACUUAUACAUAUAACAAAUAAUGGCAAAGAUAUUUCUCACGAAGAAAAUGUUACAGUUUCAAGUAAUAUUAAAGGAAAAUGUACGGAGACAUGUAUAUUAGAAAUUUCUAAUAUAAGGUUAAAUCAAAGUGGAAACUAUUCCAUUAGAGCCACCAAUGAUUUAAGUCAAUCCUCUGAGUUCUGGAACUGUAUAGUUAACUCCAAACCUAUAAUUAAAAAAGAGUUAGAGGAGAAAUAUGUAUAUGGGGAAAAAGAGACAGUCAUUAUGAGUGUUAAAAUUGAGGCGUUCCCAGAAGCCAAGAUAAUAUGGUAUCAAGAUGGGAUUGAAAUUGAUGUUUCUAAUAACAAAAAAUAUUCUACUGUCACUGACGGAAACGAAUAUACGUUGAAAAUAAAGGAAGUAUCCCGUGUUGAUUGCGCAGUAUAUACCGUAAAAGCUGAGAAUGCGUACGGCUCUGCAUCGAGCGAAACGAAAUUAUUAAUCAAGUGCGUUCCUGAGCUUACAAAGAAAUUGUCAAAUAUUACGAUAACUGAAGGUGAUUGCAAUGUGGAAUUAGAAGUUCGACUUAACGCCUAUCCUGAGCCCAAAGUCCAGUGGUAUAUAGAUGGUAUCGAGAUCGAUGAGAAAAGAAAAGACUUCCGUCGCAUUGAGCAAGAUAACUCAUAUAAGUUAGUACUUAAAGAAGUCAACACAUCAAUGCAUGGCACAUAUUGCUGUAAAAUAAUGAACGAUUAUGGCAAACUUGAAAAUGAAUGCAUUGUAACAGUAAACUGCAAACCGAAAAUUAGAAAGCCACUCAAGGAUACAGAAGUACAAGUAAAUGGAACUCUGACGUUAGAAACUGAUAUAUAUGCAGUACCUGAACCAACUAUUCAAUGGUUUAAAGAUGGACAGGAAAUAAGUGCUGAUGCUCGAGUAAAAAUUUCCCGGGACUCAUACCGUACAGAGGACUAUAACUUAUCACUCACAAUUUGCAAACCAAAAGAUGCUGGUACUUACGAAGUGAAGGCUCUAAACGCCAUUGGCGAGAGUCAAUCGCAAUGCAAGGUUAUUGUUCUCAAUGAACUAGAAAGAAAAGAGGAAGUGGAUGGACCCAAAGAGCAAAGCGUUGAAAGUGGUGCGAUUCCUGAGAUUCACCACGCCGACAUUUUGGAGAAACAUAGUUUCGAGUCGGUACCAUUAAAAUAUGAGAUAAUUGCUAAAGGCAUUCCAAAACCGGAAGCCAUAUGGUAUCAUGAUGGCAAUCUAAUACAAACAGAUCAGCGUGUUGCAGUAAUCACUGACGGGGAUAAAUAUAGAUUAGAAAUAAAGGAGCUACAACUUUCAGAUGCUGGAGAAUAUAAAGUGGUAAUUAAAAAUAAAUGUGGCGAAAAAUCUUUGCAGGGUGUUUUAUCCUUAUCUGGUAUUGCGGAUUAUCGAAAACCUAUUUUAAAAAGUGGGUUACAUGACACCACUACUAAAAAAGGAAACUCUUUAGCGAUUCCUAUCGUGUUCACUGCUGACCCUCAACCAAGAAUAACUUGGAUAAAAGAUGGAAUGCCAUUGAAAGAACAAGACAAUAUUAAAAUAAAGGAAACUGUGCAAGAUAUUGAAAAUGGACUUAAAGAAUAUACAUAUACUAUGAAUUUUGAUGAAAUUCAGCACAAAGAUUCUGGCCGUUAUGAAUUGCAGAUACAAAAUAAAUACGGUCAAAUAAGUACUAGUGGAUGGAUUGAUGUAUUAUCAAAACCUGAAAUUGUUGGUUUGAAAGAUCAGUGUUGUCUUCCAAAUGACACCAUUGCCUUUGAUGCCAUCAUACUAUCGAAUCCAAAACCUAAAGUUACAUGGACUCGGGGAAACGAAAAUUUGUGCAACAAUGAAAACUGCGAAGUGAUUGCCGACAUUGAUGACAAUAAAUAUAGAUUAGUUUUUCAGUGUGUUAAGCCAGACGAAGAAGGAUUAUAUACAUUAACCGCAAUUAAUGACCAAGGCUCUUCCGUUAUAAGCUUUAAUUUAAGCGUUAAAGUCGAAAAGCCCACAUUUAUCAUACCACCUGAAGAUCAAUCAAUACUGGAUGAUUUCCCGGUGAAUGUUUAUGUAUUAGCACACGGAAUACCGAAACCAAUGAUUGAGUGGAAGAGAGGUGAUGAGAGUAUCGUUGAUGGAGCACAAUGCACUAAAAAUGAAGAAUCAAAAUAUAAUAUACAACAAUCAUCCCCAGAUUGUGAUCAAUUGAGCAGUCAACUCGAAAUCUCUCAUUUCAGACCAAAUAAUGCCGGAACGUACAUUGUUGUUGCUAAAAAUGAUGUUGGUGUUACCGAAGUUCCGUUUAAACUUUCACUGUUAGAAUUAGCACCAAAGUUCGAAAGCAAAUUCGAAAACGCUAAAGAAGUAUGUCAAGGUGAAGAUUUGGUUCUACAAUGUAAAAUUGCAGGAAGUCCACUUCCACUAAUUAGUUGGAUGAAGGAUGGUGAGCAGUUGAAGCCAAACGAACACAUUAGACUCACAUCCUCAUCUAGUGGGCUUUUAACUUUGGAAAUAACGAAUAUUCAACCCGCUGAUUCUGGAGCAUAUAAAGUUAUCCUUUCAAAUCCACUAGGCGAAAUAUCUUCAUUAUGUGCUGUUGCCGUAACUCCUAAAUCCCAACAGCCAACCUUCGUUAAACCGUUAGAAGAUGUUAAAGUGUCUGUUGGAGAGCAACUAAAAUUACAAGCACAUGUAAUUGGAUUUCCUGCACCUGAAAUCAAGUGGAUUAAAAAUGGUAUUGCUUUGCGCUCAAGUGCAUGCAUAAAUUUUAUAAACAAUCCAAAUGGCCUCAUUGGAUUAAGUAUUGACGACGUUCGACCAGAAGACGCAGGUGAAUAUAAAUGCUUAAUAGUCAACAAAGAAGGUGAAAUAGAAGGGACAUCUAACGUAACUGUAUUAGCCGAGGAAAAAGAACCAGAGUUUAUAAGAGAAUUACAUGAUACAAAUUGUAUUGAAGGUUUCCCAGUAAAAAUGCAAAUUAAAGUUUUAGGCAAUCCAUUGCCAGUUGUUAAGUGGUUCCAUAAUGGCCAAGAAAUUAUUCCUAACCAAGGGAGAUAUACGAUUGUUGAAAAUAAAGACAACCAUUAUUGUUUGCUUAUUGAAGAGGCUGAUUUAAAAGAUUCCGGUUUGUAUGAAGUAGUUGCGUCAAAUGCCAAAGGUAAUGCCUCCUCCAAAGCAAGAUUACAAAUCUCAUUGAAAACAGAUGAAUCAAUACCGGAAGAGACUCCACGAUUUUUGUCGGCUCUUAGAGAUGUCAACGCAAAUGAAGGAGAUGAAAUUGAACUCUCUGCAGCAUUUACGGGUAAUCCAGUCCCUGAAAUUAUUUGGACAAAAGAUGGUAAUACUCUCCUUAAUGACGAAAGUACUUUAAUUAGCUGUGAUGGUAAACAUGUUAGUUUAACCAUAAAUAACGUGGAAUCCAGCCAUUCUGGUACAUAUAACUGCCUCUUAGCAAAUCCUCUUGGUGAAGAUGCAUCUGCAUGUGAACUCAAUGUGAGAAAAGUGUACAAAAAGCCUUUAUUCGCUCAAAAGAUAUGCGACCAGCAACAAUUAAUAGAUAGCGAUGCAAAAAUUGCUGUCACUGUGUCAGGAGUGCCAUAUCCAGAAUUGUCGUGGUACUUCCAGGACAAACCCGUUAUCGAAGGGGAUAAAUAUAAAUUGUUUAACGAUGGCGACCACCACUCGUUAGUUAUCAAAAGCUGCACCUUAAAUGAUCAUGGAGUUUAUAAGUGUAUCGCCAAAAAUAGAGAAGGCACGGAUGUUACUCAAGGACGGCUGGAUGUGGUUAAUGAACUGAAAAAACAUAUUCGUUCUGAACCACCAACAUUCUUAAAGAAACUUGGAGAUUGUGAAAUUUAUCCUGGAAUGACAGCUAAGUUUACAGCAUGUACUGCAGGCAGCCCAGAACCUGAAGUAGAAUGGUUCAAAAAUGAUCAAAAAAUUUUCCCAAGCGAUAAAAUAAUUAUGGACCACGAGCCAAAUGGAUUACUGCGACUUACCAUUAAAAAUGCAGAUCAUUCGGAUGUUGGCCGUUAUACUUGUCAUAUAUUUAAUCCAUAUGGAGAUGAUAAUUGUCAUGCACAUCUCAUUUAUGAUAAUGUCGACGACCACAGUAGAAAACCACUUUCGGAGCAAUAUAAUGAUAUGAAUAAAUAUAAAAGGGCAGGGGUACCUAACCCGAUCACGGAAAGGCCUACAAUAUCCCGAAUGACUGACAAUACUUUGAAAUUGGCUUGGAAACCGUCGGUGGUAACAACACCUCAUUAUCCUGUGACAUAUCUGGUGGAAAUUGUGGACUUGCCAAACGGAGAGUGGCGCACAAUUCACGCAGGAAUUAGGAGUUGCUCUUGCGUGGUUGAAGGUUUGGAACCCUUUCGCGACUAUCGACUACGAGUUCGAGUAGAGAAUAAGUAUGGUGUAAGCGACCCCAGUCCAUACUUGCAAACAUAUAGGCAAAAAAUAGUACCAGAAGAAAAAAAGAGAUAUACUUAUUUGGCUCCUGGUGUCGAUUUUAGACCGGAGACAUCGCCUUAUUUCCCCAAAGACUUUGAUAUUGAACGACCACCUCAUGAUGGACUAGCACAAGCCCCACAAUUUUUAAGACGAGAAGCCGAUUACUGUUAUGGAGUCAAAGGUCAUAACACUGAGUUAAUGUGGUUUGUAUAUGGUUAUCCAAAACCCAAGAUGACGUACUAUUUUGAUGGCACAAUCAUAGAGCCUGGAGGAAGGUUUGAUUACAGCUAUACACGAAAUGGCCAAGCUACACUCUUCAUAAAUAAGAUGCUUGAGCGAGAUGUUGGUUGGUAUGAAGCAGUUGCCAAUAAUGAAUAUGGCGAAUGUAGGCAGCGAGUCAAAUUAUUGAUUGCUGAUUAUCCACGUUUUCUAAAAAGACCCGAUGAAACUUAUAUAAUGAUGAGAAAAAAUGGACGUUUAGAAGCUCAUAUCGUUGGGGAUCCAUUACCAGAAAUCAGAUGGUAUAAAGACUGGCAACCCUUGGCCGACAGUGCUCGAGUAAAGACUAAUUACUACGAGCCCAAUAUUUAUGUACUUUCAAUCAAUGAUGCAAUAAUUAAAGAUGAGGGUCUAUAUUCAGUUUGUGCCCGCAACGUGGCAGGUUCCAUAAGCACUUCUGUGAUGGUUCAUGUAGAGGAUAAUGAAGAUACAUAUAUCUAUAAAACAUAUGGAAGGAAGCCAUACAUUCGAGCGAAACAAAACCGUUAUAAUGAUAAAUACGACAUCGGAGAUGAAAUAGGACGUGGUACACAAGGUAUUACAUAUCACGCGGUUAAACGUGCAACGGGUGAUAACUAUGCUGCAAAAAUUAUGUAUGGCCGGCUUGAAUUACGACCGUUCAUGUUAAAUGAGCUGGAAAUAAUGAAUGGCCUCAAUCAUAAAAAUCUAAUUCAACUACAUGAUGCUUAUGACCUUGACAAAAAUGUUACCUUAAUUAUGGAGUUAGCAGCCGGUGGAGAACUCGUCAAGGACAAUUUACUUAAGCGGAACUAUUACAGUGAAAGAGAUAUUGCAUACUACAUAAGACAAGUAUUGUGGGGUUUGGAUCACAUGCAUGAUCAUGGUAUUGGGCAUAUGGGGCUGACGAUAAAGGAUUUACUGAUAUCUGUUGUAGGAAGCAAGAACUUGAAAAUAGCAGACUUUGGUCUCUCCCGAAAAAUUAACACUCACGCUCUAACGACUCUAGAUUUCGGAACACCAGAAUAUGUUUCGCCUGAGGUUGUUAAUAAAGAGGGUGUUGGAUUUGCUCACGAUAUGUGGGCUGUAGGUAUUGUAACCUUUGUACUAUUAAGUGGUCGUAACCCUUUCCGAGGCAGUGAUGACUUUGAGACAUUGUCCAAAAUUCGUGAGGGGCGUUGGGAAUUUAGUGAUUCAAUUUGGUCUCACAUAUCGGAUGAUGGAAGAGAUUUUAUUUCCCGCCUUUUAUCCUAUAGAGCAGAAGAUCGAAUGGAUGUAAGAACAUCCUUGAAACAUCCUUGGUUUUUUAUGUUGGACUCAUUACCGACUGGAAAAGAAUACCAAAUCACCACAGAUAAUCUACAAAGCUAUCAAGACCAAUUUGAUGAUUGGAUGAGAAAUGCAUCCUGUAAACAAUAUUUCCGACGUAGACGACUCAGUGGCUGUUAUACUCAUCCAUCUAGAAUGGUUUAUCCUCCAGGUCAUUCAUAUACCCCUGAACCUACUCCAGAACUAUUACCAGAACCGAAAAAACGUUCCACGAAAAGGGAAAACACGAUGUCAAAAUAUUUGCACCCAGAUUAUGAGCUGGGUUUAAUUCAGUCCGAGAGUCACUACCAAUAUGGACCAGAUACUUACCUUCUUCAACUUAGAGACGUUAGUUUUCCAGUUAGGUUACGCGAAUAUAUGAAAGUGGCUCACAGAAGAUCACCUUCAUUUGCGCUUAACGAUAGCGUUGAUUGGUCUUUGCCAGUCAUUCGGGAACGUCGACGAUUUACUGACAUCAUGGAUGAAGAAAUUGAUGAUGAACGAGUUCGAAGCAGAAUAAAUAUGUAUAGCUCAAACGAUUCGUUUACUAUUCGUAGGCUUCGUACAGAAUUAGGCCCCAGACUUGAUGAAUAUACAGAAGCAGAGGCAUUAAUUGAAAGCCAAAGAGAAGGAUGCCUUCCCUUCUUUAGAGAAAAGCCCCAAACACUUGCAAUCGUCGAAUAUCAACCAGCACAUAUACAUUGUUUUGCAGUUGGAGAUCCAAAACCGAGUAUACAAUGGUUUAAAAAUGAUAUGGUACUAAAUGAGUCAAACAGGAUUAAAAUAUUAACCGAUGAAGAUGGAAGAUCUAUUCUUCGCUUUGAUCCGGCUCAUCAUACAGAUAUAGGCAUAUAUAAAGCCGUCGCCAGAAAUUCACUUGGUCAAACUGUGUCAAGAUGUCGAUUAGUUGUUGCUACAUUGCCUGAUGCUCCUGAUUCGCCUGAAGUAUCUGCAGUUAGUGGCAAAGAAAUUCUUCUUAGAUGGAAGCAACCACGAGAUGAUGGUCACUCAACAGUUUUAUGCUAUAGUUUACAAAAUAAAGAGUUUAACUCAGACAUAUGGACAACUAUUGCCGAUAAUAUUGAUCACGAGUUUUAUGCAGUGCAUGAUCUGCAGCCUAACACUAAAUACCAAUUCAGAUUAGCAUCUAGAAAUCGAAUUGGUUGGAGUCAAAUGAGCAUCCCUUUGACAGCUGAAACAUCUGCUAUAGAUUCACCUAAAAUACAAAUAUCAAAAGCCAUGGAACAUUUACAGAAAUUAACAGAAAGUGGUCAAGAAAUCCUACCAGAAGAAGAACGUGUUCAUACUGACUACCAUUGUGAAUGUGAACCUCCAAAUUGGAUAACUGACAGCAGUGUUAAUGAAAAAUAUAGCUUUAUAUCGGAAAUACAUAGAGGAGAAUUUAGUACCAUAGUUAAAGGAGUUCAAAAAUCUACCAACGCAAUAAUAGUAGCUAAAAUAUUUGAUUUAACUGAAGCAACGGAACCCCUUAUAUUAGAAGAAUUUGAAAAUUUUAGAACGUUAAGACAUGAACGUAUUGCCGCGCUCUUUGCUGCUUAUAAACCAACUAAUGUACCUUUAACUAUAUUUAUAAUGGAAAAAUUACAGGGAGCUGACGUAUUGACAUACUUUAGUAGUCGCCACCAAUACACUGAGCAAAUGGUAGCAACGGUUAUAACUCAACUUUUAGACGCGGUUCAAUAUUUACAUUGGAGAAGUUAUUGUCAUUUAAAUAUUCAGCCUGACAAUAUUGUAAUGGCAUCAGUGCGUUCGGUUCAAAUCAAAUUGAUUGACUUUGGUUCAUCAAAAAGAGUUAGUAAAUUAGGAGCAAAAGUUGCCGCAAGGUGCUUGCUGGACUUUCAAUCUCCUGAGAUGGUUAAUGAAGAACCCAUAUUUCCGCAAAGUGACAUUUGGUCCGUGGGUGUGCUAACAUAUCUUCUGCUUUCUGGUAAAAGCCCUUUUCGCGGAACUGAUGACUACGAUACAAAGCAAAAUAUAUCAUUUGCUCGCUACAGAUUUGAAAACCUAUAUAAAGAAGUUACUCCCGAAGCAACUCGAUUUAUUAUGUUCUUGUUUAAACGACACCCUACAAAACGACCUUAUUCUGAAGAUUGUUUGGAGCAUAGAUGGCUUAUGUCUUCUGACUAUAUGAUCAAGAAAAGGGAGCGAGCUGUGUUCCUGGGAAGCCGACUUAAGGAUUUUGCUGACAUGUAUAAAGCCAUUAAAGACAGUCACGCCACAUCAACCCAAAAUAUUACUCAGUCUUUAAAUGGAGGACCAUCAACAACGCAGUUAUUACGAUCAAAUAGCAUUCAAGAAGAACUUUCAGCUACAUUUUAACCAUUAUUCUAUAUGAUGAGUUCUUGCAAAAAAAAUAUGUACCGUCACAUAAAACAAUAUUUGUAAAAUACUAAUUUAUGAAAACUAUGCAAUUAUAAUAUCAAUAUUAAUGUGAAAAUUCAGUGAAAAUUUUUGUGUAAAUAAAAUGCUUUAUCGAUCCACAAUAAAUCUUA